AUAUAGGAUUUCUCUCUGUCGAUAUCUGCAGAGAUACAUACAGAACAUUUAUAUAUAAUUUGUUUGGAUCGCCUGUUGUUCUACAAUGACGCCGACCUUCAAAGACCUCCAACUCGCGGAGGUUGGAGGCCGUGAUAGCGGCGGCGUUCUUCAAUCAUCGGCGAUGGAUUUAGGCGGUAACCUUGAGGACGUUAGGCUUUUAGAUUCUUAUGACGGUGGUUAUAAUGAUAAUAAUCAUAAUGCCGGUAAAAGUAGGGAGGGUCUGGAGAAAGGAGGCGUGACGAGAAUUCAGGUGCGAAUCACCGGGAUGACAUGUGCAGCGUGUUCUAAUUCCGUCGAAGGAGCACUCAUGAGCCUCAACGGCGUCGUUAGCGCCUCCGUGGCUUUGUUACAAAACAAGGCUGACGUAGUUUUUUAUCCCAAUUUGAUCAAGGAAGAGGAUAUUAAGAAUGCAAUAGAAGAUGCAGGGUUUGAGGCAGAGAUUCUCCAAGAACAGGGUACCACACGGGCAAUGUCACGUGGGACUGUAGUAGGGCAGUUCAUAAUUGGAGGCAUGACAUGUGCAGCUUGUGUAAAUUCUGUUGAAGGCAUCUUAAGAAAGCUUCCUGGUGUUAAAAGAGCUACAGUUGCCCUCUCUACUUCACUAGGGGAAGUAGAGUAUGAUCCUUCAAUAAUCAGCAAGGACGAAAUUGUCAAUGCCAUCGAAGAUGCUGGUUUUGAGGCUUCACUUGCACAAAGUAGUGGACAAGAUAGAAUCAUGUUAGGAGUGACUGGGAUAUCCAAUGACUUGGAUGUAAAGAUGUUAGACGAAAUACUAUGCAACAUGAAAGGAGUGAGACAGUUCAAUUUCAACAAAACAUCAAGUCAAUUAGAUGUUCUCUUUGAUACUGAGAUUCUUGGUCCUAGAGCGUUGGUUGAUGCAAUUCAUGAAGAAAGUUCUGGAAAUUUUGAAGUACAUGUAAAGAACCCCUAUACGAGGAUGGUUUCUCAAAAUCUAGAAGAAUCCUCACACAUGCUGUGCCUCUUUAGAUUCAGUUUGUCUCUUGGUAUACCAAUCUUCGUAAUGCGAUUCGUAGGUCCACAUAUACCUAUUCUUAAAUCCAUAUUGCUCACGCGAUGUGGACCAUUCCAAAUUGGUGAUUGGUUGCGCUUGAUAUUGGUUAGCCUUGUUCAGUUUGUUAUUGGGAAGCGUUUUUAUGUUGCAGCUUUCAGAGCACUACGUAAUGGUUCGACAAACAUGGAUGUUUUGGUGGCACUGGGAACUUCAGCUGCAUACUUCUAUUCUGUUUAUGCACUUUUAUAUGGUGCAAUCACAGGGUAUUGGCCUCGAACAUACUUCGAAACAAGUCCAAUGUUAAUAACUUUCGUAUUGUUUGGGAAGUAUUUGGAAACUCUUGCGAAAGGGAAAACAUCAGAUGCUUUAAAGAAGUUGGUGGAACUUGCUCCUCCGACAGCUUUGCUGCUUAUUCAAGACAAAGGUCGAAAUUUUAUUGAAGAAAGGGAAAUAGAUGCAUUAUUGAUUCAACCUGGUGAUGUAUUAAAAAUUGUUCCCGGUUCAAAGGUCCCUGUUGAUGGUUUUGUCGUCUCGGGUUCAAGUUAUGUCAAUGAGAGUAUGGUUACUGGUGAAUCAGCACCUGUUUUGAAGGAGACUAAUUCGUUAGUGAUUGGAGGUACAAUAAACUUACAUGGCUCCCUCCACGUUCAAGCUACCAAAAUAGGUUCCGACACAGUUUUGAGCCAGAUAAUUUCUCUGGUCGAGACAGCACAAAUGUCGAAAGCUCCUAUCCAGAAGUUUGCUGAUUUUGUUGCAAGCAUUUUUGUCCCUACAGUUGUAACUUUAUCAUUGACGACAUUCAUGGUUUGGUUCUUUAGCGGAGUUCUUGGAGCUUACCCAGAAGACUGGCUACCUCAAAAUGGCAACUACUUUGAUUUUGCACUUAUGUUUUCGAUUUCAGUGGUGGUUGUUGCAUGUCCUUGUGCACUUGGUCUAGCCACCCCAACGGCUGUCAUGGUAGCAACCGGGGUUGGAGCCAAUAAUGGUGUUCUGAUCAAAGGAGGAGACGCAUUAGAGAGGGCUCAAAAUAUACGAUAUGUGAUAUUUGAUAAAACCGGGACUCUAACUCAGAAUAGAGCUGCGGUUACCACUGUCAAAGUAUUCACAGAAAUGGAUCGAGGAGAGUUCUUGACGUUGGUCGCUUCUGCUGAGGCUAACAGUGAACAUCCAAUAGCAAAAGCAAUACUGGAAUAUGCUCGCCAUUUCCAUUUCUUCGAGGAUCCUACUGUAAUCAAAGAUCCUAAAAACGAGAGCAAUGACUCCACAAAUACUGAAUGGCUUCUUGAUACAUCGAAUUUCUCUGCAAUCCCAGGAAGAGGCAUUGAAGCUGACAUCAACCAGAAGCAGAUUUUGGUUGGAAACCGAAGUAUGCUGGCUGAGAAAGGGGUUACCAUUUCAAACGAUAUUGAAAAGUUUUUGGUUGGUCUAGAAGAGAAUGCAAAGACUGGCAUACUAGUGGCAUAUGAUUCUGAACUCAUCGGUGUUGUGGGAGUUGCAGAUCCUCUAAAACGAGAAGCAGCUAUUGUCGUGGAAGGCCUUUUCAAAAUGGGUGUCCGGUCCAUCAUGGUGACCGGUGACAAUUGGCGUACUGCUAGAGCCGUUGGAAAUGAGGCUGGCAUUCAAGAUGUAAGAGCAGAGGUGAUGCCAGCGGGGAAAGCGGACGUCAUCCAUUCAUUUCAAAAAGACGGCAGCAUCGUUGCUAUGGUGGGUGACGGCAUCAAUGACUCCCCCGCAUUAGCUGCAGCAGACGUCGGUAUGGCAAUUGGUGCAGGAACUGAUAUCGCAAUAGAGGCUGCCGACUACAUUCUAAUGAAGAACAACUUGGAAGAUGUGAUCACAGCCAUCGAUCUUUCGAGAAAAACCUUCGCUCGUAUCCGUUUGAACUACGUGUUUGCUAUGGGCUACAAUUUCGUUGCCAUUCCUGUAUCUGCCGGUGUUCUGUUUCCUUGGUUAAGGAUCAUGUUGCCCCCAUGGGUUGCUGGUGCUUGUAUGGCGCUCUCGUCUGUAAGCGUUGUUUGCUCUUCCUUGCUCCUACGACGGUAUAAAAAACCCCGACUUACUACAGUCCUCGAAAUUACCGUAGAGUAAAAUAUAGGUAGGGAGACGGAAAAAAAAACAUAGAUAAAAACGGUUUUUUGUUGUUACUUGCAUAGUUUUCGUGUUUUUCAUUCGACAUAUCCGUUGGGUCUACGUGAAGCGUUAACUCAUGUAUAUAUGUCACAUCCCUCUUUAGUGUAAACGCUAGCCUAUCGUAUUCAUUGUGCAUAUAAAUUGUUCGUCGAAUUUGAUCAAUAUGAUCUAGCAAUGUG